ACGAACAGCCGUUUUCCACAAUCAGAUACCGGUCACACAAACAGGCUACAUCUGACAUGCGCGCAAUCAACUACCAAUUUUAGUAAUAGCUCGAUUGUCAGUGUUAUGCAGUGAACAAAGAUUUUUUUACUAAAAAGCCCCGUACGCACGUUUAUAAAUAUUAGUUAAAACGGAAACGGGUCCCUUAAUCAAGUCGCCAAUUGACUGCUUCAGUGAAACCAAUGCAAACGUCCUGCGUAUCGUCGAUAAGUGAUUUUAUAUGAGUGUGACGCCAUAUUUCGACGAAAUACAACAAAUUGUGUGUCGUUCGAUAUUUUCAUGACGAAUUCACAAGGUUUGUAGUCAGGAAACACGAUGGACAAGCUGAGGGAUUAUUCGCCGCGGGGCCGAAGCAUGAGCAUCUCCCCGGACUACCAAAGAGACUCGCCGAAUUAUCGUUACAAAAGCAGAUCGGCGUCGAGAUCGCCACCGCAUUAUAGGAGGCAUCAUAAGAAAUCCUAUCACGACAGAGAGGACAGGCCGAGGAACGGCAGCGACUACGACAGCGACCGCGAAUACAGACGGGAACGUGAACAGUCGUGGGACAACGACAGAUCGAGCCGGUCCCGCAGUCCGAGCGAUUACGGCCGCGACCGGGAACGCGGCCGUUACCAUCGGCGGCGCGAGGACCGGGACCACCAUCGUAGACGUAGAUCUCGCAGCGGUUCACGCUGGGAACGUAAAUCGGAAGACCGGAAACUGCGUGACCGCGACAGAUAUAGGGACGAUGAUAGAGACAGUGAUAGUGAAAGAAGUCCGAAUGGCGCUAUCAUUGGGGCUAGCGGUUCCGAAAUUAUCGGGUACAAGAGCCAGCCGCCCAACAACACUAUCAUGAUCAGGGGACUGGCCCAGCAUAUCACCGAGAACGAUAUAAGACAGAACAUCAUACAAUGUGGACUGAUGCCAAAGGAUAUCAGGCUGAUCCGCAAAAAAGACACAGGUGCGUCACGUGGUUUCGCCUUUGUCGAGUUUGGAUCGCUUGGUGAGGCCAUACGAUGGAUGGACAUGAAACAGGGCGUGCUUAUGCUGCAAGAUCAGUACCGUGCCAUUAUGCAGUACAGCAUCCCGAAGGAUGGGCCGACGUCGGAGAAACCUGCAAUGCAUAAGGCUUCAGCUGACUGGUUUUGUAUAAAGUGUGGGGCCCAAAAUUUCAAGAGAAGAGACAACUGCUUCAAGUGUCAUGCCUCAAGAAUGGAAAGUGAAGAAGGUGGUAGUGGAAGUGAUGAAAUUUGUACAUAUGCUACAAAAACAAUAAUGAUGAGGAACUUGGACGCCUUAACAACGGAGGAUUCUGUGAUGACAGUACUUAAUUCUGUGAUACCCGAACUGGUGAAGCAAGUGUCAGCCGUGUGCAUCGGACGCGAUCCGCUGACCUCCACAUCCCGAGGGAUCUGCUACUUGGGUACCGAAAGCACAAUCGACGCUCUGGCUAUCUACGGAGCACUUAACGGUCUUCCCCAUCCUCUCACAAUCGACGGUAAAACUGUAAUUUUGUCUUAUUGUAAAUACAACAUGGGCGACACCAAGAAAGCUUACUCGCAAGUCGACAGCGCAGCUUUCCCCAACGCCUCCGUGCCCAGCACCUACGCAAUGACAGACGUCGAGAGUUUGGCCGAAUACGCCGCCAGACGCUACGCCAAAACGCCGCAGGAGUACAUGUCCUAUAUAGAGUACUACCGCAGCUAUUUCACGCAACAGAUCAGCGCCGGGCAUACCAUCACUUUGCACCAAGAAAACCAGAUGGAUGCCGCCAACGCAGCUGCGGCGGUAGCACAGUCGGCGAUCCAGCAGAUGAACGCCAACAAGACGUUCUUCGACACGACACACAUGGCCAUUCCCAGCGGUACCGAUGGGAAACGUUAUCCAGUACCUGAUGUGUCCAAGUACACGUACGACAAGCAAACUGGUUACCAGUACGAUCCAUCCACCGGUCUGUAUUACGACCCCAAUUCUAACUAUUACUGGAACAGCGUAAUACAGAAAUAUUUGUACUGGGAUCAGGAGAAAAUGACGUACGUCUUGGCCCCUACCUACGACAAUUACGCCAAUUGCACGGUCACCUCGUCGACCGUACAAUCAAACAAUGAAAACUCUCAGGAACCAGAUUGUAAGAAACCUAAAAUAGAGAAACACGAUAAAGUUAAGGUGGCGAAAAAGAUCGCCAAGGACAUGGAGAGAUGGGCAAAGACACUUAAUCAGAAGAAGGAAACUUCUACUGCUAGAAAUUAUGUGGACAACUCGAUAGCCAGUAGCAGUGCUUCAGCGGACAUCGGAUUCGCAGUGUUGGAAAAGAAGAAUGCCCAAAUUUCCAAUCAGAUGCACACGUUCAAAAACGAAUUACCCGAGGACCUCCCGACUCCAUCCACUUCCACACCUUUGGUAGCCGCUUACGGUGGUGAAAGCGAAUCAUCCGCCGACGAAGACGACGAAAGUGAUUACCUAGAUUAUACAAAACUUAUUUGUAACUUAUGUAAACGUCAAUUAGGAUCCGCCGAGGCCUUAAAGAAACACGCCAAACUGUCAUCACUACACAAACAAAACUUGGAAGCUCGCAAGAAGGCUAGGAAGGCCGAAAAGGACAGCGGAAAGGAGAAGAUCGUUUACAGGGACAGAGCCAAGGAGAGACGGAUGAAGUACGGGGACCCGGACGAGCCGCAGCCCAGCAAGUUGAAGGAGAAAUACUUGAAGUCGAAGGAGUUGGAGAUGCCGGUGUCUUCAGCUUCCGUGUCUGAGCCCAUUGGAUCUGAGAACGUAGGAAAUAGGCUUCUGCAAAAGAUGGGAUGGACCGAGGGACAAGGACUAGGCAAACAAAAUCAAGGACGGACUACGAUUAUUCAAGCAGAACAUCAUGGCAGUACAGUGGGCUUGGGAAACAAAACGCCCGGUUAUACAGCUUUAGCAGGAGAAUCGUACAAAGACUGUGUUAAGAAAUUGAUGUAUGCAAGAUACCAAGAGUUGACCGAAAAAGAAAACAAUUCCUAAAUUUCACUAAAAUUUCAUUAUAAUUCUUACACAUUUUAGUGCCAACAAUAGGUUUUCUAUUUCUGUAAAUUUUAUAUGUUAAUUUGGUUAAUUUAUAACGUUAUUAUAUUCUUUUUAGAACUCAAGUCGUUCUUGUACACACAAUUGAUGUAAAUAUUAUGGGUCGUAGCACAACUAAACGAGGACGGAACUUAUCUAGUAGGAUUUAAAACUGUACUUCAAAAGGUGUACGAUUGUUUUCCCAUUGAUUGUAUUACGAAUUUUAUAAUUUUAUAUAUAGUUGAAAUUAUGAAAUAAAAAUUGAGUUCUAAAUACGAA